AUGUUCAAGAAACAUGAGCUCUACGUGUAUGAUUUACCAGUGAAGAUCCUCGAUUCAAUCAAAGUAUUGUACUUCGACUCUUUUUCAACGAUUUCGAAAGCUCCAGAGGCCAAAGAACUGCAAUCAAAUGAACCGAAGGUAGACUCCAAUAUUUGUCGAGUUUGUCAAAAAGAACUGAAUAAGAACGACUCAGAACAGUUUAGAUCCCAUGUUCAAAGUGAUUUGCAUAGACUCAAUCUGAAGAGACAGGCGGCAAACCUUCCCAUUGUGAAUGAGGAGGAAUUUGAACGUUUAGUUCAAGAUGACGAUAAUGUAUCGAUAUCUGGAUCAGACUACGACUCAGAGGAUGAUUUGGGUAAAGACGAAUUUGCCUCCGAGAAGUCACGUUUGGAGACAAUAACUGAAGACUAUGGUGAUCUUUCUUUGAACGACGUGAGUUUUUUGAAUACAAAGUCACCAUAUAUAUGCUUCUCCUCAGACUUACUUCCAGCUGAAAAAUGUUUUGGUAUCUACAAAACGAUAUUUACUGAUCUAGAUAAUUCCAAAGAUCCACGGAAAUUGUUACAGGAUUUGAACUCUCAGAAGGAUAAAGAUAGUCACAUUUCAGCGCUGUUCAUGAUCGGUGGAGGUCAUUUUGCCGGUGCCAUUAUCUCCCACAAACGUAGGAAUGUCAAGGGGAACAAAGGCUCUGAAGAUCAACUUUUGGAGCAAUCGGUGGAGCUUGUUGAGCAUAAAACAUUCCAUAGGUAUACGACAAGACGUAAACAAGGUGGUUCUCAAAGUGCCAGUGACAAUGGUAAGGGAAAGGCCAACUCUGCUGGAGCCUCUUUGAGACGCUAUAAUGAAGCUGAGUUGCAGAAAGACGUUAGAGAACUGUUGGGUAACUGGGCCCAUUAUUUGAAAGAUUGUCAGUCUGUAUUCAUUAGAGCCAAUGGAUCCUCUAAUAGAAACAUCCUGGUGGGAUAUGAAUCUGCGCCGUUACAGAACAAUGAUCCUAGAGUCAAAUCCUUCCCCUUCACUACAAAAAGAGCUACUUCCUCCGCGCUUAAAAAAGCUUGGGUUCAGCUGACUCAUUUAACAAUCUUGGAUACGCCAAAGAGUGAUGAAAAGUUAAAGCAGAAACUUCUUAAACAGCAAGAAAAUAUCACCAAGUCCAGAUCCGGUGGUAGGAAAGACUCUCAAAAAGACUCAAAGCUAGACCCAGAAGAAAUACAUACGGCUGAAAUUGUGUCUCUUAUAGAAAAGUCCAGAGCUCCAGCUCUGAUAGCAUACUUCAGGAAGAACAAAUUGGCUACGGAUUUUACACUGAAGCCAGAACAAAAAUUCUCUAGUGUUUCAACUCCACUUCAUUAUGCAGCAGCACAUGGAUCACCCCAUAUUUGCCAAGUGCUUCUAGUUAACCUCAAGGCUGAUCCAACGAUUACCAAUUCGACAGGGCGAACACCCUGUGAGAUUUCAGCUAGUACACAAAUCAGAAGAGCCUUCCAAGUUGCAAGAAAGACUCUUGGUGAAUCUGCUUGGGAUUGGGAGAAGGCAAAUGUUGGACCUCCAAAAUCUAAAGACGAAUUUGAUCAAGAAGAUGCCGAGGUUUCCAAGGCUGAAGAUGAAAGAAAAAGGAUGAUAAUUGAAGAGAAAUUGGCAGAAACCAGGCAAAAGUUUGAGAACCAGUACCAAGAAAGGUAUGGUUCGGGGACUAAGUUACAGCAGUUCAAUACGGUUACUCAACAAACAAACUUAAGUUCCUUAUCAGACGAUCAAAAACUAAGGUUAAUGAGAGAGCAGAGGGCGAGGGCUGCCGAAGCUAGAAUGAAGUCUUUACAGAAUAAAUAG